UUCUGUCCUCAGGUGAUUCAUCCUCGGCCUUCCAAAGUGCUGGGAUUACAGGCGUGAACCACCGAGCCCGGCCCUUUAAGAAGUCUUCACAUUCCUCUUUUACUUAAGGAAUUACUGGGCUUCGUUUCUGGAGCCUUGUGAGAAGCAUUACACUGUCCCUUUUUUUUUUCUUUUUUAAAAUUAAUUUUCCUGUAGGAAGCAAGAUCCCAUCUGUCCCUUCUUUGGGCAAUGAAGCUUUUUUCACCUUUGCAUAAAAGAAUAGCUGAGCCCCCUUUUAAAAUUUUCUUUUGUCCUUACCGUCCCUUGAGGCUAGAAGAGGAUUCUCAAGGCACAGAGUUGUGGGCCACAAGAAUCCAGGUUGAAGAAACGGUGAAAGUCCUGAGCUGAAACAACUACCUUGGGGUAUUCAAGGAACAGCAAACAGCAAGCCGACCGGCGGGGGUGGCGGGAGCUGGGCUGGAAAUCAGGUGGGAGAACCGGCCAGACGCCCGCAGGCGCGGUACGCAGAUAGCCUGGAAUGCGCUGGGGGCUCUUCCCUGGGAGCGGCUUCAGCACCCCGCAUUCCGGUCCCACCACGUCCCCACCCACCUGGAGAAGGCGGAGGCUGCACUGAGUGCCGUCUGAGAGUCACUGGAGCUACCAGAAGCACCAUGGGGCCCUGGGGAGAGCCAGAGCUCCUGGUGUGGCGCCCCGAGGCGGUAGCUUCAGAGCCUCCAGUGCCUGUGGGGCUGGAGGUGAAGUUGGGGGCCCUGGUGCUGCUGCUGGUGCUCACCCUCCUCUGCAGCCUGGUGCCCAUCUGUGUGCUGCGCCGGCCCGGAGCAAACCAUGAAGGCUCAGCUUCCCGUCAGAAAGCCCUGAGCCUAGUAAGCUGUUUCGCGGGUGGUGUCUUUUUGGCCACCUGUCUCUUGGACCUGCUGCCUGACUACCUGGCUGCCAUAGAUGAGGCCCUGGCAGCCUUGCACGUGACGCUCCAGUUCCCGCUGCAAGAGUUCAUCCUGGCCAUGGGCUUCUUCCUGGUCCUGGUGAUGGAGCAGAUCACACUGGCUUACAAGGAGCAGUCAGGGCCAUCACCUCUGGAGGAAACAAGGGCUCUGCUGGGAACAGUGAAUGGUGGGCCGCAGCACUGGCAUGAUGGGCCAGGGGUCCCACAGGCGAGUGGAGCCCCAGCAACCCCCUCAGCCUUGCGUGCCUGUGUACUGGUCUUCUCCCUGGCCCUCCACUCCGUGUUCGAGGGGCUGGCGGUAGGGCUGCAGCGAGACCGGGCUCGGGCCAUGGAGCUGUGCCUGGCUUUGCUGCUCCACAAGGGCAUCCUGGCUGUCAGCCUGUCCCUGCGACUGUUGCAGAGCCACCUUAGGGCACAGGUGGUGGCUGGCUGUGGGAUCCUCUUCUCAUGCAUGACACCUCUAGGCAUCGGGCUGGGUGCAGCUCUGGCAGAGUCAGCAGGACCUCUGCACCAGCUGGCUCAGUCUGUGCUAGAGGGCAUGGCAGCUGGCACGUUUCUCUAUAUCACCUUUCUGGAAAUCCUGCCCCAGGAGCUGGCCAGUUCUGAACAAAGGAUCCUCAAGGUCAUUCUGCUCCUAGCAGGCUUUGCCCUGCUCACUGGCCUGCUCUUCAUCCAAAUCUAGGGGGCUUCAAGAGAGGGGCAGGGGAGAUUGAUGAUCAGGUGCCCCUGUUCUCCCUUCCCUCCCCCAGUUGUGGGGAAUAGGAAGGAAUGGGGAAGGGAAAUACUGAGGACCAAAAAGUUCUCUGGGAGCUAAAGAUAGAGCCUUUGGGGCUAUCUGACUAAUGAGAGGGAAGUGGGCAGACAAGAGGCUGGCCUCAGUCCCAAGGAACAAGAGAUGGUCAAGUCGCUAGAGACAUGAUCAGGGGACAUUAGGAUUGGGGAAGACACUUGACUGCUGGAAUCAGAGGUUGGACACUAUACAUAAGGACAGGCUCACAUGGGAGGCUGGAGGUGGGCACCCAGCUGCUGUGGGAUGGGUAUGGAGAGGUCAUAAACCUAGAGUCAGUGUCGUGUUGGUCCUAGUCCAUUUCCGCACCCUGCCACUUGGAGUGGACCCCUUCUACUUUUCUUAGCGCCUACCCUCCUAUCUAUCUCCCUCUUCCCAUCUCCCAGGGGACUAGUGCCAAAUGGUCUCUCCCUGCCAAUUUUGGUGUCUUCUCUGGCCUCUCCAGUCCUGCUUACUCCUCUAUUUUUAAAGUGCCAAACAAAUCCCCUUCCUCUUUCUCAAAGCACAGUAAUGUGGCACUGAGCCCUACCCAGCACCUCAGUGAAGGGGGCCUGCUUGCUCUUUAUUUUGGUCCCGGAUCCUGGGGUGGGGCAGAAAUAUUUUCUGGGCUGGGGCAGGAGGAAAGUUGCUGCAGCCACCUACUGCUGCUGUACCCUAGGAAUAUGGCGACAUGGAUAUGGUGUCCCAUGCCCAGAUGAUAAACACUGAGCUGCCAAAACAUUUUUUUAAAUACACCCGAGGAGCCCAAGGGGGAAGGGCAAUGCCUACCCCCAGCGUUAUUUUUGGGGAGGGAGGGCUGUGCAUAGGGACAUAUUCCUUAGAAUCUAUUUUAUUAACUGACCUGUUUUGGGACCUGUUACCCAAAUAAAAGAUGUUUCUAGACAUCUG